GACGUCAGUCGGCCCAUGACGUAGCUAUAUUUGUCUCAUGCGGCUGCGGGCUGCCUCUGUGGAACUGGCUGUAGCACACUACCAGAGUCGAAGCUUCCCCGGGCCAAGCUUUCGACCUCCCAACCCGGCCGAACUCACGCAUCAUCCCAUCUGCAGGCCGAUCGUCCAUCACGGAGCGAGGGUGUCCCGUCCCUGCAAACAACCUCCCGUACCCGUACCUGGCUUGCCCUCCCUACCCACAACGGUUUGCUCACACCUAAGCGUGAUCCAAGAUAUCGUUUUUCUUGUCCUAGAACCAUUGCAGUCCUGAUUACAACGUCACGCGACACUCGAAUUCGAUACACCUUAUAGAAUAUGGCUUCAUUGUUGCGACAGAUUGUCGCGGGCCCUCGAGCCAAACACGCCGAGACGGGACUCGACCUCUGCUACGUGACUGACAAUAUAAUUGUGACCUCUGGCCCAAGCCAGACAUACCCACAGCGAGCCUACCGAAACCCCCUCGACCGCCUCGUCGCCUUCCUCGACGCCAAACAUCCAGAUAACUGGGCAAUAUGGGAGUUCCGCGCGGAGGGAACGGGAUACCCUGACGAGGCAGUAUAUGGCCGCAUACGACACUACCCUUGGCCGGACCACCACCCACCACCCUUUAGGAUGGUGCCCAUGAUAAUGGCCAGUAUGAGGAGCUGGUUGAACGAGGAGGAUAUCCUGUCACCUGACACUAAACACGGCGCCAAAGGAGACAAUGGCAAAGAGGUGGCAAAAGGCGAGGGAAAAGGUAAAAGGGUCGUUGUCGUGCAUUGCAAGGCCGGCAAGGGAAGAUCAGGCAGUAUGACCUGCUCAUACCUGAUAUCAGAGUGCGGAUGGAAACCCGAGGAUGCCCUGGCGCGCUUCACCGAGCGGCGGAUGAAGCCAACCUUCGGCGCCGGGGUGUCGAUACCGUCCCAGCUGCGGUGGAUCAGCUAUGCUGACCGGUGGACAAGAGGGGGCAAGAAAUAUGUCGACCGGGAAGUUGAGAUUCUCGAGAUCCACGUCUGGGGCCUCCGCCACGGAGUCAAGAUUAAUGUCGAGGGAUUCGCUGACGAGGGCAAGAAGAUCAAGGUGCUGCACACUUUCAAGAAGGAGGAGAGAUUCGUGGUGCAGGGCGAUGCCCCAGGCGGGGGCGGAGUGAUGGACCUCCUGGGAGACGCACUGAGCCCGACCAACGAGCACGACGAGAUCCUGGAAGACGCGGACUACAACGAGAUCGUCGGAGACGACAGCGACAAGAAGGGCAGCGACGCCGCCAGCAGCAACAACAAUGCAAGCAAAGACUCCACGCCGGCCCGAAGCAGAUCUAAGAGAGAAAGGGCCAGCCAGAUGCUGUCCGGCUCACCUGCCCGCAACCCUAGCGUCAAGAAGAUGAGCUCCAAACCCAAGAGCAAGACGAUCAACCCUGCCGACUUCGCCGCCGCCUCGGAAACCUCCUCUCCAUCCGGCUCCAGCCUCAACGUCCCCAACAACAACUCAUCCCAGCCGUCCCUGGCCCACGCGUCUACAUUCGCCGACACCAACGAGCCCGGAGGCAUGGCGGUCAUCUUAAAACCCACAUCACCGGUCCGCGUCUCCAACUCAGACGUGAACAUCUCCCUCGAGCGGCGCAACCGCGCCCCAGCAUCCCUGGGCCUGACGAUGGUCACGGCCGUGGCGCACGUCUGGUUCAACGUCUUCUUCGAGGGCCGGGGCCCAGAGCAGGACGGCCGCGCGGACGAGUCGGGCGUGUUCGAGAUAGACUGGGACAAGAUGGACGGGAUCAAGGGGUCGAGCCGCAAGGGGACCAGGGCGGCCGACCGCAUCAGCGUCGUCUGGAGGGCCGUCGUCAGCACCGACGGGCCCCCGCCCGUGGUGAGGGAGCCCGGCGAGGGCAGCCCCGUCCCCGAGAUGAGGCCCGCGGACUGGAAGGGCGAGGAGGGCGAGGACCCCAACGCGGACCGGAGGCUGGGCCUGAGGGCCGAGACGACGGCGAGCGCGGCGGUCAGCAAGGCGAGCUCCGUGAGGAGCGCGGAGCGCGAGGACGGUGCUGGAGCUGGUGGUGGUGGCAAGGCGGGCGGCGGGAGCGACGACGACGACGAGUCGCUCGUGGGCGUCAGGAGCAGUGACCCCGCGGGGCAGGAGCUCAACAACAGCGGCCCGGCGGGAAAGGCGGUCCCCGCCACACAGGGGGAGGGACCCCCGCCGACGACGACAAACACACGGCCCACGGGUGGCGGUGCGCCGCUGUCAGACCACGACAGGAAGCUCGAGGCGACCAGGGGCCGCACCGCGAACCCGGAGGAACAGGCCGCCGGCGCGGCGGCAAUCAAGUCUGAGGAACAGCUCCUCGACGCGGCGAUGGCGCCCGUCCGGGAGGCGCGGGCGGGCAAGGCGAGCGAGACUGCGUUGUUGCAGAGGAGGGCUGAGGAGGAGGCUGCUGCUGCUGCUGGUGGCGGUGGUGGUGGUGGUGGCGGUGCUGGUGGUGUCGAGGGCGAUGGGGGCGAUGAGCAGCCUGAGCACAAGCUUGGGUUUUUCAGGUCUGGGAAGAAGGUGUUGCCGCUGCGUGGUGGGGACGGUGACGGGGGCGGGGAGGGCAAGAAGCUCAUGGGUGUUAGUGUUAAGAAGUAGGAAGUAGAUGUGGUGCUCGUGGGUUGGUUAGAUGCCCUAGGAUAGAUGGUGUUGGGUAUAUACAUAUGGAUUGAUGUUGGCGUCCACGGAUGGCUGGCUGGUUUUGUGUGUGGGUUCAUGGCCGGGCGUGCUGGGUGGGUGCUUGGUGUUGGAUGAUGAAGAGUAGCACUAUUAUGAAUAUCGAGUUAACUGCCCAGGUGGUUCCUUGGUGUUUUGUGAUUUAUUUUUUUCAUGUUCUUUUGGUUAAGGAGGUGGCGGGGACGGGGAGUCUCGUUCGAGCAGAAGUGUGUGUGUGUGUGUGUGAGUGUGAGUGGGUGGAGUGCAUGACUACCGUAAACGUGUUGGCGAAUACCCUGUAUAGAAUGUAUUUUAUUUUUGAAUUUGUGUUUAUGAUAUAACUGCCAUUGUUCUUGAACCUCUUC